GUGUUCGUACGUACUUCGUACUACUUCUAUGAAUUAGAGAAAUUCUCAUUACGUAUCCAAUCCGUCGUCUUAUAACUCUGUAGAUGGAAAAUAACAGUGAAGAAUGGCACAACAUUGUACCCGCUGUAUUUUGUGUUUCAUCGCAGUAACUGCUCUCUUCGAUGGAGUGCAUUCGCUAACACUGGAUCGACGUAGCUGUCUUGAAGCUGUUUUGUCACUGGCCGUAGCUCCAGGGACACUGCCUCCCCCCAUUUUUGGUGACAGUGGAUCGGCUUCGGAUGCAAGUACCAGUACGACUAGUGGGUUAAGUCUCCCCACAAUGCCAGAAAACGUCGACAUCACCGAUAAAGUGUUCAUCGACCUGCGUGUCGCACGUUCGGAUGGAUCUACCUACAUACGAGAUGAUCUUCCAGAUACGUUUCCAAAUAGAGUGUUGUUUCAGAGAAUUGCCAUCGGCUUGUACGGAAAGGCAGCGCCGAAAGCAACCCAGAAGUUCCUUAGCUACAUCGACAUUGAAAAAGACUUUGAUAUUGAUAACCCCUAUCCGUCCUAUUCGCGUUCUACUUUCCCGGCACUAGACCAAGGAACCGGUUUGUUGAUGGGAGGAAAUAUUUCCAGUCUUAAAACAAAGGACGUUGCGGGAAGCACCGCUCUGACUUAUGGGAGCCGAAUACUUCCUGCCGAUCUUUGGAUCGAAAACAAACAGGGCACCGAACGAUUAUCCCAUUCUGUGAAAGGUCUCCUAACCCAUAGAAAUCUGGAUCCCCUUCCCAAUUUUGGCAUUACGACACGCCCUCAACCUUCACUAGACGCAACGCACACCAUUUUUGGACAAAUAAUGUGGGACUCGGACACACUGAAAUUCUUUCGCGAGCUAGAAGAUAUUCCCACGUACUCAGUGGAUCGUCCCGCAGAAUACGACGACUUUGGUACUGGGGCUGUGGCAAAGAAUGUCUUUAACGCUCAAAGGGACUUCUUUCGCGGAGCGGCCAAAACGAUGGGCGAUGACCGUGUUGGCAAGCUAUAUGACGGAAAGCUGUUGCGACGCAUAGAAGUUCUGCGAGUGGGGCGAAUGGAAUAGCAACGAUGCGAUUAUAUCGCCAAGAACCAAAAAGUUUCAACUAGAGCUAUAUUUUUGUAAACUAUUGCUUACAUUCAUUCUAUUCCGUUGAUUGUAUUGAUAAAACCUUUACGAUUGU